CGUCGGCCAGCGCCGAGCCCCCAGGAGCCCGAGCGCGGCCCAGGGGCGCCGCCGGCCCCUCCCCGGCGCGCUGACAGCAGGCCCGGCCCCCGCCCGGUGCCCUCGCCGGCGGGACACACCCCCGGCCCUCCUCUGCGCCGCCAGUUCCCGCCGGCCCCACCGGGCGGCAGAGAGAGCGGGCCGGCGAGCGCAGCGCGGCGGCGCGGGAGGGAAGGGGCGCGCGGCAGGCCCACGGGAGCAGCCCGGGGCGCACGGAGCCCUCGUGCCCUCCACGACAGUCGCCUGCCCGGGAGCCGCGGCUGUGGGUACCGAGAGCCCGGGCGGGGAACGGCGCGUGCGGCAGGGGUGGCGCAGAGCCGCGGGGACCCGGGCAACGGGAGAAGGAGCCGGAACCCGGCCGGGAUGAGAAGGUGACGCCGCCGGGGGGCGCCACUCUCUUUGUGGGGAAGAUGCUCGCCUACUGCGUGCAAGAUGCCACCGUGGUGGACGUGGAGAAGCGGAGGAGCCCCUCCAAGCACUAUGUAUAUAUUAUCAAUGUGACCUGGUCCGACUCUACCUCCCAGACUAUCUACCGGAGGUACAGCAAGUUCUUUGACCUGCAGAUGCAGCUUCUGGAUAAGUUUCCUAUCGAAGGCGGCCAGAAGGAUCCCAAGCAAAGGAUCAUCCCCUUCCUCCCUGGCAAGAUCCUCUUCCGGAGAAGCCACAUCCGGGACGUGGCUGUGAAGAGACUGAAGCCCAUUGACGAGUACUGCAGGGCACUUGUCCGGCUGCCUCCCCACAUUUCACAGUGUGAUGAAGUCUUUCGGUUCUUUGAGGCACGGCCUGAGGAUAUCAACCCCCCAAAAGAAGAUUAUGGCAGUUCCAAGAGGAAAUCAGUGUGGUUGUCCAGCUGGGCUGAGUCUCCCAAGAAGGACGUGACAGGUGCCGACACCAACGCCGAGCCCAUGAUCCUGGAACAGUACGUGGUGGUGUCCAACUAUAAGAAACAAGAGAACUCGGAGCUGAGCCUCCAGGCCGGGGAGGUGGUAGAUGUCAUCGAGAAGAACGAAAGUGGUUGGUGGUUUGUAAGCACAUCUGAGGAGCAAGGCUGGGUCCCUGCCACCUACCUGGAGGCCCAGAAUGGCACGCGAGAUGACUCGGACAUCAACACCUCCAAGACUGGGGAAGUGUCCAAGAGACGCAAAGCUCACCUGCGGCGCCUGGAUCGCCGGUGGACCCUGGGCGGGAUGGUCAGCAGGCAGCACAGCCGAGAAGAGAAGUACGUCACCGUGCAGCCCUACACGAGCCAGAGCAAGGACGAGAUUGGCUUCGAGAAGGGUGUCACUGUGGAGGUGAUCCGAAAGAACUUGGAAGGCUGGUGGUACAUCAGAUAUCUAGGCAAAGAGGGCUGGGCGCCAGCAUCCUAUCUGAAGAAGGCCAAGGAUGACCUGCCAACCCGGAAGAAGAACCUGGCAGGUCCAGUGGAGAUCAUUGGGAACAUCAUGGAGAUCAGCAACCUGCUCAACAAGAAAGCAUCUGGAGAUAAGGAGGCCCCCACUGACGGCGAGGGAUCGGAAGCCCCCAUCACCAAGAAGGAGAUUAGCCUACCCAUCCUCUGCAAUGCCUCCAACGGCAGCGCCUUGGGCAUCCCUGAGAGGACUACAUCCAAGCUGGCCCAGAGCUCCCCAGCCGUGGCCAGGAUUGCCCCGCAGAGGGCCCAGAUCAGCUCCCCAAAUCUGAGGACAAGACCGCCCCCACGCAGAGAAUCCAGCCUGGGGUUCCAGCUGCCAAAGCCACCAGAGCCCCCUUCUGUUGAGGUGGAAUACUACACCAUUGCCGAGUUCCAGUCUUGCAUUUCUGACGGGAUCAGCUUUCGGGGUGGACAGAAGGCAGAGGUCAUUGACAAGAACUCAGGUGGUUGGUGGUACGUGCAGAUUGGGGAGAAGGAGGGCUGGGCCCCUGCGUCAUACAUCGAUAAGCGCAAGAAGCCCAACCUGAGCCGCAGAGCUAGCACUCUGACCCGGCCCAAGGUGCCGCCACCCGCACCCCCCAGCAAACCCAAGGAGACCGAGGAGAACCCAGCGGGGGCCUGUGAGAGCCAGGACUCCCCACUAAAGUUUAAGUAUGAGGAGCCCGAGUAUGAUAUCCCUGCCUUUGGCUUUGACUCGGAGCCUGAGCUGAGUGAAGAGCCCACAGAGGACAAAGGCUCUGGGGACAGGCGUCCUGCCCAGCCCCGAAGGUCCUCGCCCGCCUCCUCCCUGCAGCGGGCCCGAUUCAAGGUGGGUGAGUCUUGUGAGGACGUGGCCCUGGAAGAGGAGACGAUCUACGAGAACGAGGGCUUCAGGCCUCACACAGAAGACACCCUGUCUGCCAGGUGCUCCUCUGGGGACAGUGACUCCCCUGGAAGCUCCUCACUGUCUCUUGCCAUGAAAAACUCCCCCAAGUCAAGUUCUCCCAAAUCAUCGUCACUCCUCAAGCUCAAGGCAGAGAAGAAUGCCCAGGCAGAACUGGGGAAAAACCAGUCCAACGUCUCCUUCUCCUCCUCCAUCACCAUCGGCACCACCUGCUCUUCUUCCUCCUCUUCUUCCUCCUUGUCCAAGAACAAUGGUGACCUGAAGCCUCGCUCCGCCUCAGAUGCAGGCAUCCGUGGCACCCCCAAGGUCGGGACCAAGAAAGAUGCCGAUGUGAAGGCUGGGCUGGCCUCCUGCACCCGAGCCAAGCCAUCCGUCCGACCAAAGCCAGUCCUGAACCGAGCCGAGUCUCAAAGCCAGGAGAAAAUGGACAUUAGCUCCUUACGGCGCCAGCUGAGGCCCACAGGCCAGCUCCGGGGUGGCCUCAAGGGUUCUAGGAGUGAGGACUCAGAGCUGCCCCCACAGACGGCCUCUGAGGGGUCCAGGAGAGGCUCUGCGGACAUCAUCCCCCUCCCAGCCACCACUCCCUCCUGUGUUCCCAAGAAGGAAUGGGAAGGGCGAGGUACCACCUUCCUGACCUGCAGCGCCUAUCAGAAGGUCCAGGACUCAGAGAUCAGCUUUCCCGAGGGCGUGGAAGUACAUGUGCUGGAAAAGGCGGAAAGCGGGUGGUGGUAUGUGAGGUUUGGGGAGCUGGAGGGCUGGGCUCCCUCCCACUACUUGGUGCCCGAGGAGAACCAGCAACCUGACACCGCUGACAAAGAGCCAGACACAGUAAAGAGCUCGCAGAACGAGGGCAAGUCAGACAGCCUGGAAAAGAUCGAGAAGCGGGUACAAGCACUGAACACUGUGAACCAGAACAAGAGGGCCACCCCACCCAUCCCCUCUAAGCCCCCCGGGGGCUUCGGCAAGACCUCGGGCACCGCGGCGGUGAAGAUGAGGAAUGGGGUCCGGCAGGUGGCAGUCAGGCCUCAGUCUGUGUUUGUGUCUCCGCCACCCAAGGACAACAACCUGUCCUGUGCCCUGCGUAGGAAUGAGUCACUGACGGCCACGGACAGCCUUCGGGGUGUCCGCAGGAACUCCUCCUUUAGCACUGCACGCUCAGCAGCCGCUGAGGCCAAGGGCCGCUUGGCAGAGCGGGCUGCCAGCCAGGGCUCGGAAUCGCCCCUGCUGCCUACCCAGCGCAACGGCAUCCCGGUCUCCCCAGUGCGCCCUAAGCCCAUUGAGAAGUCUCAGUUCAUCCACAACAACCUCAAAGAUAUAUACAUCUCUAUCGCAGACUAUGAGGGCGAUGAAGAGACCGCUGGCUUCCAGGAGGGGGUGUCCAUGGAGGUGCUGGAAAGGAACCCCAAUGGCUGGUGGUACUGCCAGAUCCUGGAUGAGGUGAAGCCCUUCAAGGGCUGGGUACCCUCCAACUACCUUGAGAAGAAGAACUAGCAGAGCAGGGAGCCCUUCCAGACUCAGCGAGCCCGCUCCGGCUGCCGUGGGAUGAGCUGUGGCGUUGCAGACAAGGGGAAGGGCAAAAUGGGAAGAGGGAGGGGGGAUGACGGCAUUGAACCCUGCAGAAUAUGUAACCCCCACCCCAGCACAACCUCUAGCUGGAAGGGAGGAUGUGAUGGGUGUGUAGACUUAGGAGAAAGGGAAUAGCAGGCGCACCCUGGGCCCAGGACCCCUGCAUACACACUGAUGACGUUGCUGAUGGAUUGCCAUUUAGUACAGGCCGUGUGGGGAAAGCCUGAUCGUGCCUUUGCUGCACAUGUGGAAAAGAUGUCAUGAGGUGAGCUGUGUCUGGGGUCCUGCCGCUGCUCAGCCACUACAGUGGCUGGCUUCACCUCUGGAAGUCACCUUUAUGUUGUCCUAAUGAUGUGUUCUGAGAUUGUGCUGGUUUCUAGUCCACCGCUGACCACUGGUGGGGGUCCUGGAAGGCCACCAGCUCGAGGGCUUGGCAGUGUCGCCGAAGAGCUCAGCCCUUUCUGGGGCCAGGCCACAGCCUAUGUUUGGUAGUUAAGAGUUCCCAGAUGCCAACAAGGACCGCUUCCUUUUGCUGUGCCGCCCUGGCCUUGCCAUGAGAACCUGCUCUCUGCGGGGCACUCAGAGGACACAGUGUGGGAGCUGACCUAGAGGAUGCCAGGCUCCUCUAGAGAUUGCCUGAGGGUUUCUGGGUAGGCAGUUCCUUUUGCCUGUUUGGGGAAGGGUUAUUGGAUGGGAGGCGUUUGGUUUGGGGUUUGUUUUAGAAAUUGUUUCGGGGGCCCGAGGGGCUCAGCCUCACAAAGCAGAGAAGCAGGGGUGGGUGGGGUUUUCUGUUGAAUUCCGGGGAGGGAUGUUUUAUUUGGAUUUUGGUUUAACAUUUUUUGCCUUUCCAUAAGCCAAGUUGUUUGUUUAGGUUUCCACUGUGUGCACAGUGCCCGAGCAUGGCGCCUCACCAGGGAAUUUGGGGCCCGCUAUGGCCAGGUCCCAGACUCCGUGAAACAAAGUGUUCGGGUUCCUGCCCAAGAGGGAAAGGGGCACUGUUAGAAGCCAGGCUGCUGGGUGACUAUUAUGCCUCCUUCUGCACAUUUUCUCCAACCUGGGCAGGGCCCAAAGAAAGCCUUACUGUAGAAAAGUAAGUCACCACCAACCCUGGGCAGAAGGGACUCUGGCUGGGUCGGCCUGGAGCAGAUGCCACCCACUGGGCCCCUUAGCCUCUGGCAAUGCUACAAGUGCCCAAGAAGAUGGACUCCAAAGCCAGGAACCAACCCUGUGUUCCCAAGGGCAAUGCCCCAGGGAACAGAGAAGCAAAGGAAUGGAGUUUGCUGCAGUUCUCUGCUUUGGGUUGUGAUUCAAUAUUGGACAUUUCAGGGGGGACCCUCCGGAGAGAAGCACAGUGUGCUUCCUCCAAGGACUCCCCUCGAGCUGGGAGUGGAUUCCACAUGUGCCUUGAUUUGGGACAGAUCCUGCCUCAUAGCCUGUGGCUGAGCUGCCAGCAUCUCCCCUGACCGAGGGCUGCUGGUUCCAGGAGACGUGGGAGGAAGCACGCCUCUCCCCCCCCCCCCCCCCCCAGGCAGGUCUGCCUUCAGCUCCCAACCCUAACCUUCUGGAUCUCCAAGCCUAUGACCCUCCCACGUGCAGAUACAAACCGCUAGCCUCCCCUGUCAAAGGCCCUGUGGUAAUAUUGUUCUAUUUCCUUUUCUGUGUUCAUGAGUCUGUUUAAAAUUGAAAUUAGUUAUUUUCUUCUGCUGGACAGUAUUAAAUAGAGCAGGAUGUUGAGUUAAUCUGCUAGAUUGCAGUACUAACGGUAGUGGGUAGGUGUCUUCAUGAUAUUAUUUGUACUUUUGAACAAUAAUGAUAAAGAAGUGGUUCAUUAUUUCUUAAUUAGUGCACUUUAAGGUGAAAUGGAAAGAAACUCGGAGAGCAAAGUGCAUUACUUAAAGAUGCAGUAUAUACUCUUCUCAUUUUAAAACAGCACAUAUUUAUUAAAAGAAGAAAAAGUAAUUUAUGACUAUUUAAAAUAAAUUUUAAAAGUAGAAUGACUGUCAGGUGAAAGGACCUUCCGCAUAGCUGUCUGCCAGGGGAUAGCCCACAGCCUCGCUCCUCAGAUGUCUGCACUGAGCCAGCUCACAAUGACUAGUGCGCCCACCAGGCACAGAGCAUCUCAGUUGGACUGGACCACCAGGAUCCCCAGAGCCUGCCUUUCCUACCUGCCCUGCCCUCUGCAUCCACAUCCUUCCAUCUGCAUCCCAAAGACCCUCUCCCAACUCCCAGUGUUGUAGUCACAGGCCCAGUGGGACUGGAAGGGACCUUAGAAGUCACUUAAUCCCAUCCUUUCUGGUUACUUUAACCCACUGAAAGGAAAUGGCUUUCCCCAAAUCGCCCAGUUAAUGGCAGGUUCCCGCAUUGCGUUAAUACUGUGUUCCUCUCCCGCCCCUUUAGUUUAUUGUGUUUACAUUGUAACAUCCAGCCCCAGGGAUGGCUGGGAGUUGCUCAGGCAUCUGGGGAAAGUGGGGAAUGUUGCCACCUAGUGUCAGUACGUAGACUUGGGCAACAAGUAGUGAUAGCCAAGGUGCCUCACCACCAACCUGUCAGGGCACAGCACAAACCCUGCAAGCCCAAAGAAUACUUGAAACAAGAAGGGUGCAUGCCAGGACUUCCCAGACAUGGCCAAGGGAUGCCAGGCCUUGUGUCCCUGGAUCCUAGCCCUGCCCGGGCAAGAGGGCUUUUCCUUAGAGCUAAUGAGCUGCUUUGUGAUACUGGACGGACUGUGGCAGCAGUGGAAGAAGGACAGGGCCUGGGGCUCUGAUCCAUCUGGAGGAAAACCAGAUCGGACUAAAAGAAAAAAAAAAAAAAAAAGGCAUCUCAGCAAAGUCCAAACUUAGUUUUCUAUUAUGAUUGAAAAUGUGAAAUGACAUUGUAUUGCUGUAUACUGCAACUUUAAUCAUAAUGAGCCCUUCUGAGGUCAUUAUUGAGGUUUAUAUAAUGCCCGAAGAUGCAGCGUGUGGUGCUUUGUCUGUCUUUCAAAGACCCUUUCCUUCUAUUCCAGGGGUGGAGGGAAGUCUUCAAACCUUCUCCUUCUUUAUCUCUGGCAGGCCUGACGACACUGCCUGGCCUCUCUGUGUUCUCACGGGGGG